CGAAUCUUCCCGACGAAGUCUCCAUUUACAAGUACUUGACGGCUAAACCACAACCCGACGACGUAGUGCAGUAUCAUUUCUGGUCCCCGUUGAGGCUGGAAAGCCUUUCAUCGGUUCAGAAUGAGGUCUCCGUUAUUAGUUUAUCUACUUGGAGUUUCCUUGUUAGUGGGAUUUGCGACCGACCUGUCUUUUGCUGAUGACGUAGUCUCAGACUCUGUUAAUCUUGAUGUCGACCUGGGCGUAAGUCGUGAAGGCUCAAGGACAGAUGCUGAAGCUGUACAACGUGAAGGAGAGGCUAUUAAACUAGAUGGAUUAAAUGCUGCUCAGAUCAAAGAACUUAGAGAGAAUGCAGAGAAAUUCACAUUCCAGGCUGAAGUGAACCGAAUGAUGAAACUCAUCAUCAACUCUUUGUAUCGGAACAAGGAGAUUUACCUCAGAGAGUUGAUUUCUAAUGCUUCUGAUGCACUGGAUAAAAUAAGACUACUGUCCCUGACUGAUCCGUCAAACUUGUCAGCUACUGAAGAACUUUCAAUCAAGAUUAAAACAGACAAAGAAAACCGUGCUCUUCAUAUAACAGAUACUGGACUUGGCAUGACUAAAAAAGAUUUGGUGAACAAUCUCGGCACCAUUGCUAAAUCUGGAACUGCUGAGUUCCUUAGCAAAAUGCAAGAUUCUGCAGAGAAACAGACCAUGAAUGACAUGAUUGGUCAGUUUGGUGUUGGCUUCUACUCAUCUUUCUUAGUAGCUGACCGAGUAAUUGUUACUACAAAGCAUAACGAUGAUGAACAGUAUAUUUGGGAGUCUGAUGCAUCUAGCUUCUCUAUAACCAAGGACCCUCGUGGAAACACACUUAAGCGUGGAACACAGAUUACUCUGUUCAUGAAAGAAGAGGCCAGUGAUUAUUUGGAGCAAGACACAAUCCGCAAUUUGGUGAAGAGGUACUCCCAGUUCAUUAAUUUCCCUAUCUACCUGUGGUCCAGCAAGACUGAGAAAGUAGAAGAACCUGUGGAAGAAUCUGAGGAACCUAAGAAACCAGCUGAUGAUGAAGAAGCUCAGGUUGAGGAGGAUAAGACUGAAGAACCAAAGACUAAAACUGUUGAAAAGACAGUGUGGGACUGGGAGAUUCUCAAUGAUAGUAAGCCAAUUUGGACCCGUAAACCAGCUGACAUUACAGAUGAAGAAUAUAAUGAGUUUUACAAGGCUCUUACCAAAGAUUCCAAUAAGCCUCUUGGCAAAGUUCACUUUGUCGCUGAGGGUGAAGUGACUUUCAAAUCACUCCUGUAUGUUCCAUCUGUUUUACCAAGUGAAUCAUUCAACCGUUAUGGAACCAAAAGUGAUAAUGUUAAAUUAUAUGUUCGCCGUGUUUUUAUCACUGAUGAAUUCGCAGAAAUGCUCCCCAACUACCUUAGUUUUAUUCAGGGAGUGAUUGACUCUGAUGAUCUACCUUUGAAUGUUUCCCGUGAAACCUUGCAGCAGCACAAAUUGCUUAAAGUUAUUAAGAAGAAGCUGGUUCGUAAGGCGUUAGAUAUGAUGAAAAAGAUGGACAAAUCUUCUUACAAGAAAUUCUGGAAGGAAUAUUCCACCAAUAUCAAGCUUGGGGUUGUCGAAGAUGCUGCAAAUCGUUCCAGACUAGCUAAACUUUUGAUGUUCCACUCAUCCAAUCAGCCAGAGAUGACAUCUUUGGAGGAAUAUGUUAAUCGUAUGAAACCCAAACAAACACACAUUUAUUACUUGGCUGGUGCUAACCGAGAGGAGGUUGAGCAAUCUCCAUUUGUUGAAAGACUGCGCAAGAAGGGAUAUGAAGUUCUCUAUUUAGUUGAAGCUGUUGAUGAAUACUGUAUCACUGCUCUUCCUGAGUUUGAGGGCAAGAAAUUCCAAAAUGUAGCCAAGGAAGGUUUCUCUCUCUCCGAUGCAGACAAAGACAGGCAUGAAGCUGCUGUCAAAGCAUUUGACCCCCUAACCAAAUGGCUUGCUGAUGAGGCCUUGAAGGAUCAGAUUGCAAAGGCUGCAGUCUCUGAGCGCUUGUCUGACUCCCCUUGUGCAUUGGUUGCAAGUAUGUUUGGUUGGACUGGCAACAUGGAGCGCUUAGCUGUUAGUAAUGCUCAUCAAAAAGCUGAUGACCCUAACCGAGCUUACCACCUCAAUCAGAGGAAAACUUUGGAAAUCAAUCCUAGGCAUCCAUUGAUUAAAAAUCUCCUCCAGAGAGUAGAAGUCAAUUCUCAAGACCCUGUGGCAAAGGAAAUGGCUGUAAUGAUGUUUAGAACAGCUACUUUAAGAUCAGGGUAUUUACUAAAAGACACAGCAGAAUUUGCUGCUAGUGUUGAACAAAUGAUGAGACAGACACUUGGUAUUCCCGUUGAUGAGCAAGUUGAAGAGGAAGAAGAAGUUGAUGAAGAUGCUUCAAACAAAGAAGAUGACAAAGCUGAGGAAGAAGAGCAAGACCAUGAUGAGUUAUAAAAAAGAUCUCUUUGCAUUUUAUUUCAACGAUGUACCUAUCAGUCAGACUGACAGUUAAUUGUGAUUCCAGUGAGCUUUCUGCCUAUCUCCAUUUCAAUUUACUUAAAAUUGUUUCAAUCUAGUUAUUGAAGUUCUCACUUAUAAAAUGACACUACCCCACUUUCUUUUCAAUUGUGUCCGUGUGUAAAACAAAUGUUUUAGAAGGAAAGAUAUGUCUGGUUAGUGUUCUAUAUUACACAUCACCUGAUAUUUCUUUGGUGUUCUUUCGAAGACUGGUUAAGAUAAUGCCAUUUAACAUUAAAGUCAACUUUGCAGUAUGGCCAUGGGUCAUGGCCAAUAGCAUUGUUAAUUUUUUUUCUGUGUCAACCCGAUUUUCAUUUCCUGAGUUGAUGUCUGCAUGUACCCAUGGUGUUCUUGUGUAGUGUGCAAAUUUUGUCUGUUGCUUCCUUUUUUGCAAUUUGGCACAACUAGGAGCAGAGUAAGUGAAUAUUCUGAGAACAAUGUUAGUUGUAAAUAUGAGGAUUUACAUUGAUCAGGCUAUUAUCCAGUAUUAAUUUUGUAGCUAUUGUAAUUGGAUUGUGUCCCAUGCUGUACAAUGUAAUUUAUGUGAAUAAUAAUGUGAAAAUGGAA